AAUCUAUCAGCUUUCAGUUUUUAACACUAUAUAUAUCUUGCAUUUGAAAUAUUAGCUCCAACAAUAAAAAAUAUGUCUUGGAUAACCGAAAAUUAUGGGUUCGAUUUUGAAUCUGAGUAUACAUAUCAAAAAGUAUCUAUAAAUCAGCUCUCAUCACAUAUUUCUCAAGUCGUACUAUAUGGAAUAGUUAUCGGAAAACAAGACAUUCGUCGCAUUAUUAGCAAAAAACAAGCUGCUUCUGAACGUUUUGUGCUCAAUUUCAGCAUUAGAGACUCACCUAAUGAUACCAUAAAUGCAGCAUGCUGGGGAGAUGAAAGCUCAAUUUCUACACUUGGCUCUUGUUUCACACUUGGUGACGUUGUGAAAAUAAAAAAUCCUCAAAUUAUUGAAAGACAAGCAGAAGCAGCUGAUGAGAAGUUCAGGCCUCAAGUGAACAGCCAGUAUACUUUAAAUAUCAGUCCUCAGCAUAGUGAAAUUACUACAUGUUUAGGUGAAGAAAGAAGAGAAUAUGAAAAACUGUUGCACUGUACAAUGCAUCCAGCAUCUGAAACAUUAAAUUUAGCUGAUAUUGUUUAUAACAGUGAAAGUGUAGAAGGACUUACAGUGAACUUGCUUGUAGCUGUGAGAGAUAUUGGAACUUUACAGACUGUAAAAACAAGAGAUGGUAGAGAUCUUAAGAAGCUUCUUUUGACAGUCUUUGAUCAAUCACAUGCAGUGUUUCAUAUCCUCAUAUGGGAAGAAGAAACAGCUAACUUUCUUUUGAAAUAUUGUUCUAAGAGAAGUGUGUUGUAUGUAGCUGAUAUUAAAGUGAAUUAUAGCCCUUUUAUGAAGGAAAUGGUUGCAACAUCAGGAAGUACUACAAUUUUCACACCAGAGCCAGAAAUUGCAGAAGGAAGGGUUUUAUAUCAAUAUGCCAUGAAAGCAACACUUCCCAAUGACAAAGACCAAAUUUCUAAUAUUUCUAAUGAUUCUUCUACUGUGUAUACCAUAGAAAAAAUAUCAAAAUUAAUUAAUUCAACAGAAAUUACAAUGGAUGAAAUUCAAGGAACACUUCACGCAUUUCUUGCUGCAUUUGAUAUUGAUGGAACUUCUAAAAUCUCAUCAUUAAGAUGCCCAGGAUGUCUGCAGUUAUUGCAAAAAAUAAAUGAUAAAUGUGUUAACGGUUUAUGUGAAGUUGGAAGUGGAGCUAAAACACUGCCUGCUGAAGAAAUAUUUGAUCUAAUAGUGUCACUGAUAGACAAUACAGGAUGUCUUCCAAGAUGUCUUUUCACUGGUCAAGCAGCUCAACAUCUUUUAGGAUUUAGUAUUCUUCAUUAAGCUGUCCAGACAUGACAGGCAAUCUCACACUUAAGAAACUUUCAAAUAUGUGAUUUCACAUUAUAUCAGUUAUUUAUGCUCCAGCUCAUUGUAGCCUUAUCUACUGCUUAUGUGUUCAACCUUCCAAAAUACGGGAUAUUUUUUCGCCUCCUUAUCCCUCAUUCCUCUGAUGUCCAUUUUGGGAACUGAGUCAUUCAUAUGAGGUGUCCCUGCAGCUUUACAAAGCAACUGAACUGGGUCCAGUUCAGUUACAAUUAGAUAUUGUAAUGUUAAUAUUACUCUGUAUUCUUACUGGAAUACUGAUUUCGUUUAAAGAAAUAAUAUUGUGAUAGUUAAUAGUAGUUUAGCCCACAACUACUUUUUAUUUGUUAUGUUUUUACCAUAACCGUAU